AUGCCAAUACUUUUUAGAGAUGAAAAAAUUGGUGACCAAGGAAUAUGUGUGACUAGUUUUGCUGUAGUUCCGACCAAAGAAAAUAACCGAGCUUAUUGCGGUUGGGUUGAUGGAAUUGGCUUUCUAACUUCAGCUCUUUGCUGUAAAAUUAGUUAUGGUUGUGGUAUAGGUCAAACUUCUGCAGGUCAUGGCGAUGAUGUUUUUCUAGUAGCAGAUAAGCCUCAGUUAAUAGGUAUGGUUGGGGAUACAGUUUUUGCUGUUGCGUUAAAUAAUCCUCCUUUUACUGACUUUGGUUUUGUAAACACCAAUAGUGACUUACAACUUAGUCCUUAUGUUGUUGGGGAAUCAGAUGAUGGAUCAUUUCAACUUUAUCCAGUUAUUGGUAUGGGUUCGGUUGUAAUAGGUUCUGAAGUAUGUGCUUAUGGACCUAUUAGUGGUGGUUACCAUUGCGGUGAGGUGGUAGAUAUGGACUUGAGCGGUCCAGUGUAUACAGUAAGUAAUAUUGGAGGUCCUGUUGCCCAAGCGUUAGGCUAUAUUAGCAAGGUUGAUAAUAGCGAUCAACACCAUAACUUUAUCUACUAUACACCAAUAGACAAAGCUUUGGAAGAGAUAGCUGAAAAAGAAAACUGUCAUUAUACUCUCAUGACUUAUAAUGAAACUAGUGCGGAAGAAUUUCAAGCCCAAGUUGAAAUUCCUGCUAAAAAUUAA